GCAAAUAUUAAUCAGUCAGAUUUAGAACAUCUAUCUAGCGCGCUUUAAAAGCAGAUACACUCUCGCGUUCUCUGUUCUAUAAUUAAAAAGAUAAUCAAUCAUGAUUGUGCUAAAUAUUUUAUUGUUCGUUUUGUGUUCGAUUUAUCCCGUUGUUUACGGGGUAGGUUUUCGUGGAUUUACUUUUCAAGGUUUGGAGGAGCCUAAGUCAUUAAAACAGUAUUCAGACAAAGACGUAAUCGAGGGUUGGAUUAUCCAACCUCUCGAUCAUUUCAAUUAUCGUGACAAUCGCACUUGGCCAAUGCGUUACCAAGAAAAUUCUGUAUAUUUAAAAAAAAAUGGUCCUAUUUUAAUUAUGAUCGGUGGGGAAUGGGAAAUAUCGAAUGGAUUUCUGCAAGGUGGAUUGAUGUACGAAAUCGGAUCAAAAUACGGCGCAUUAAUGUAUUAUACCGAGCACCGAUAUUAUGGAAAAAGCAAGCCAACAAAAGACAUCAGCACGGAGAAUUUGCAAUAUUUAAACGUCGACCAGGCACUUGCAGAUCUCGCUUAUUUCAUCGAAACGAAAAAGAAAGAGAAGAAAUUAGAAAAUAGUACCGUGAUAGUAUUCGGCGGUUCUUAUGCUGGAAACAUGGCGGCAUGGGCACGACUCAAAUAUCCUCAUCUUAUUCAGGGUGCUCUAGCCAGUAGCGCUCCAAUUUAUGCGAAGGCUGAUUUCUACGAAUAUUAUGAGGUCGUGACAAAAUCACUCGGCAAAUACAGUGAAAAAUGCAUCGAGGAUGUGAAAAUUGCAUUUGACUUCGUGGAGGAAUUGUUAAUCACACGAGGUGGUCCUGACAAACUUAAACUUUAUUUCAAUUUAUGCAACAUACCUAAUGUAAGCUAUCCUAAAGAUCUUGGUUAUUUGAUGAAUAUGCUAGCAGAGGUAUUCGCCGCAAUCGUUCAAUAUGAUAAUGUUGAGAAUGGUCAAACGAAAAUCGCGGCGUUAUGCAACAACAUGACAGCGGCGCAUUUAGGCAGUCCUUUGCAAAGACUCGCGCAUGUUGUGCGUGUUAUUUCGAAAUCGGACAAGUGUGUCGAUGUAAGUUAUAAUAAUUUUAUAAAAAAGUAUCGAAAUAUUUCGUGGAACUCGCCAGCGGCCCAGGAUAUUAUAAGGCAAUGGUAUCAUCAAACUUGCGCGGAAUACGGUUACUAUCAGACGAGCUCAAAUAAAUCAAUCUUUGGAACGCUGUUCCCAUUAAGUUAUUACAUUAGCAUGUGCACAGAUUUGUAUGAUGAUCCCUAUAAUGAUAAGAUAUUGAACUCACGGGUUAGACGAACAAAUAUAAUGUAUGGUGGGCAACUACCUGACUUAACAAACGUCAUUUUCACGAAUGGUGAUAUUGAUCCGUGGCAUUCGUUAUCGGUAUUGAAAGAUCUAAAUACUUUUUCGCCUGCUAUUGUUAUCAAUGGAUCCUCGCACUGUCGCGAUAUUUAUAGCGACGAAGUCACAGAUACAGAGGAUUUAAAGAAGGCUAGAGUGAGAAUUCGUGACAUAAUUGGCAAAUGGAUUUCUCCAUAAACGAUUCCGUCGAAUUUUAAGCAGAAACUUGUAGAUUGCGAUUUCUCAGAUAGAGAGCGAAUAAUGGAAUUAUAUUUAUUUUUUACGCAUUCACUGUGAUGUGUUAAAAAUUAUGUACAAUAUCUGAAUAUAUAGCUUAUGGUGCUGUUCUGAAUAAUAUGCGCACACAUUAGUGAGAUAUCUCUACAUAUUUCUACAUAGUACAAAAAUAAAAUUAUAUUAAUACCAGAGUACUAA